AGUACAUAGGAUACAACGGAUAUAUAAGGUCUUAGCCCAGGUCCUUAGUCACAGUGCAAACACAGAUUGUAUCCUAGCACAAUGUUCAAACUGGUAGCCUUCUUAGCCAUCGUGGCCGUAGCCAGCGCGGGCGUGAUCGCGCCCCUCGUCCCAGUGGCCCACGUAGCCCAUCCAGUGGCCCAUCCCGUGGUGCCAGUGGUCCACGCGGUCCACAGGCCCGCGGCCAUCGUCCACGCGGCGCCGAUAGUGCCGGUCGUGAAGCACGCGCCGAUCGUACAUGCCGCACCGAUUGUGCCGAUCGUGAAGCAUGCGCCGCUUGUCGCUGUACACCAUUGAGAUUAAAUGUUUGAUUGUUUAUUAA